AAAGCAAAGCGUCUGCUUCCUUCUCUUCUCCUCUUCCUUAACACUCAUCCUCCUCCUCCUCAUUUUCUUCUAUUUGAUCUCUGAACUCAGUAUUGAUUGUAAAUAUCUUAGCUUCUAUUCUCUUCUUCAAAUCUAAAGUGCUUUUUUUUUUUGUUCGUAUAAAAUUCUUUCUAGAACACCGUAGUAAUCUGGAUUCCUCGGUUUCGUGUUAGGAUUCGAGUAAUCUGUUUCGUUUCCAUAGAAAAAGGUGACUCUGAUCCCCCGAGAAAUCGACGUUUUCCAGGGAGGAGCUAAUUUGUUUAAUUCAUUUGUCGAAACUUGGGAUUUUAAAUCAGAAGCAAAAUGGUGAUGGCUACGACUAUAUCAAUUUACGCUAGUCCACCUAGCAGCGCGUGCUCCACGCCGCACCAGAUCGCCGCUUCUGAUCUCGAUCUCGCCUCCAGAAAUUUGUCGACAUCUCCUUCGCAGAAACCGAUCGUCGUCGGAGGUCUCUCUUCGCUCUUCUCCGGCGCCUCCGUCAAAUCUUCAGCUUCCAUCGGAGUAGAGGAGUUUUCGCGUCACGAUCGGAGCGAGGAUUAUAGAGAUCUGAGCUUUACGAGCUCCUUGUGUUAUUCUCCGGCGAGAUUCGUCGCUUCCUCUUAUCAUCACCGACGAGAGCACCACCAAAGCCCGAUCUCCGUGCUUCACGGUCCCGUCUCGUGCAGCUGCAGCCCUCCGAUGAGAAUCGGAACCUCCCACCGCGCAGGAGGAGCCAACGGAUUGUUCAGUAGGUUCGUGAGGAAAGCCGUCGGCUCGUGUGUUGAUUACGAGCUGGGACCGUCGGAUGAGCUAACGUUGUUUCCCAUGGAGGAUGGAUCAGAGACGAAACAGCCGUACGCUAUGGAUUUGCUGAGACGUGCUCAGCUAAGGCACAAGAUCUUCGAAGAUGAGUGUGUGAUCAAAGCGUUUUACGAGGCAGAGAAAGCUCAUAGAGGACAGAUGAGAGCUAGUCGUGAUCCUUACCUUCAACAUUGUGUUGAGACUGCUAUGUUGUUGGCUAACAUCGGAGCUAACUCGACCGUUGUCGUCGCCGGACUUCUUCACGACACCAUGGACGAUUCAUUCAUGACCUACGAUUAUAUCCUCAGAAACUUUGGAGCUGGAGUUGCUGAUUUGGUCCAAGGGGUUUCAAAGCUUAGCCAACUAAGCAAACUCGCUAGAGAGAACAACACCGCGUGUAAAACCGUCGAAGCUGAUAGAUUGCAUACAAUGUUUCUCGCAGUGGCCGAUGCGAGAGCUGUUCUCAUCAAACUAGCAGAUCGUCUCCACAACAUGAUGACGCUUUACGCUUUGUCCCCAGUGAAGCAGCAGAGGUUCGCUAAAGAGACUCUCGAGAUCUUCGCGCCUUUGGCUAACCGAUUAGGAAUCUCUAAAUGGAAAGUUCAGCUUGAAAACCUCUGUUUCAAGCAUCUUUACCGGCACCAGCAUGACGAGAUGUCAACCAUGCUCGAGGAUUCGUUCGACGAAGCCAUGAUUACUUCUGCUAUAGAGAAACUGGAGCAAGCUCUGGAGAAAGAAGGCAUUUCUUACCAUGUUCUGUGUGGUCGGCACAAGAGUUUGUAUAGUAUUUACCGCAAGAUGUUGAAGAAGAAUCUAACGGUGGAUGAGAUUCAUGACAUUCAUGGGUUACGUUUGAUUGUUAACAACGAAGGAGAUUGUUACAAGGCCUUAGGAGUAGUUCAUAGUUUAUGGUCUCAAGUUCCUGGGAAGCUCAAGGAUUACAUAACUCAUCCCAAGUUCAAUGGGUAUCAAUCUUUGCACACGGUAGUGAUGGACAAUGGAACGGUUCCACUUGAAGUCCAGAUACGUACACAAGAGAUGCAUUUGCAAGCUGAGUUUGGGUUUGCAGCUCAUUGGAGGUACAAGGAAGGUGACUGCGAAUACUCUUCGUUUGUACUUCAGAUGGUUGAAUGGGCUCGGUGGGUUGUAACGUGGCACUGCGAAACUAUGAGCAAAGACCGGUCUUCCAUUUGUUCUUCUGACUCCAUCAAACCCCCUUGCAAGUUUCCUUCUCACUCUGAGGACUGCCCUGCUUCUUACAAGCCUAACAGUAGCCAGGACGGGCCAGUCUAUGUCAUCGUAAUCGAAAAUGACAAGAUGUCUGUGCAAGAGUUUCCAGCGAGUUCAACAGUCUCGGAUCUGCUGAGCGGGGCGGGGCCUGGGAGCUCGAGGUGGUCCAUGUAUGGCAUACCAGCAAAGGAGGAGCUACGGCCUAGGCUGAACCAGAGGCCUGUAAGCGACCUCAAGUGGAAGCUGAAGAUGGGUGAUGUGGUGGAGCUAACUCCACCAAUACCUGAUGAGUCUCUGCCUGAAUACAGAGAAGAGAUUCAACGGAUGUAUGACCGAGGGCUCGCGUUUUCUCGCCCUGGGACCAUGGUUGGAUGGGGAAGCUGAUUAGAUUCCUCUCUGAUUGUUGAUUUAGUCCAUGCAUAUGUAAUGUAUAUAAUAGUAAUGAUUAGUUUUGUUGUACAUAACAAUGGUUCUGUUGAUUCAAUGCAAGCUGAAAAGAAUUUAAUGGAAA